GCUACAUAAUUUCUUGAGAUAAGGCUAGCUUGUUGUGGCUAGAGAGGAAACAAUAACAAAGCAAAAGUGAAGCCGUUGUUCCUUUUCUAAAGUCUGAGGUGGUGAACUAAAAGGUUGAGUGAUCCAUCUUUUGAUGAAGCAGUGUGUGUUUGAAGUAUCAACUCAAGCUGGAUAAGUUUUAACAGGCUGCAAGAUUGAUUCUUAGGAAGUAUCACUGACUCGAUCCAUUGGUCUGUCUUGAAUUUUGCAUGAUCUUUGGAUGUGUACCCACACCUAAAACCACAUCAGGGGAGUGGCAGAAACAAUCCAACUUGGUGCACCAUGGGAGAGACAUAGUUGAGGCUGAUACAAUCCUGUAAGAUCAUUCAAUUGAUGAAAAAGGACCCUAGUUUGUUUGAUGCAGUCAAAUAGAUGGCCAUAGACAUCUAGACAUCUGAAGCCAAAAUCCAUCCUGUACAGACAAGAGGCUGCUGAAGCGUCCCUUGAAAUUCUUCAGAUUAACAGGAGUUGUAGGUUGCAGCUGAUUCAAAGUGGUUGGCACAGUCACAAAUCAACAGGACAAGCUAGUUGUAAAGGGUUGAUUGACCCAAGACCAAGUCGCUUCAGGAUAUCUACUCCUAGUUUGUAAGCACAGUCAUCUUACAUAACACAUGAUCUGAACUGUGAGACUACGGAAUGCACAUAUCUGCACUGCCUAGAGUAGCUACUCCUGCUAGACAGCGUACCUCAAGCUGGGCUACGGUAGACAUCACUCAAGUCACAAUAUUGUUAAACUAAAAAGUGCCAAAUUAGAACCUGUGCUUGCAGAUCAAUUUACCCCAACCAAAUGUGCCUACCGGUACUCUAAAACAAAGUAGAAUAUAUCAAUCAAUUCAUUGGCUGGAUCUUGGAAUUGUGACACUGUUCUCUUGAAACUGAGAGUAAAGUGAUCGUUAUUCAGGAUGAUUGAGCAAGAUUAUGGAGAAGUCGUUUGUUUCCUGACAACAAGACAGUAUCCUGAACGUAUCGCUGGCAAGGAACCUGCUCUUAAACUAGCACAGAAUGCAUUCAGGAAAAGAACCAAGAAAUAUGAAUUGUGCGAUGAUAAGCUGUACUUCAGGAAAGGCAGUAGAUCUACCUCACAAAGAGUGGUACAAGCAUCAGAAAGAGAGCGAUUGUUCAAAGAGUUUCAUGAUUCUCCUUCUGGGGGUCACGGAGGAUUGAACGUGACCUUCAGGAAGAUAUCACAGAGAUAUUAUUGGAGGGGAUUGAUGUCUUAUCUCAAAAUCAAGGUAAAACAGUGCCAAGUUUGUCAAAAUAGAGAGCUAUGGCCACAUAUGAAGGUAACAUCUAAAGAACAGAAACAAGCAAAAAGGAAAACAUCCUUGAAAAGAACUGCAGGAGGAAAGCCAAACAGCCCUCUGACUAGCCAUGUACUGGACACUGCUAGGGGUUCCCCUGCUGCCAAUCUAAGAAUAGAAGUCUACCACCUCAUGGCUGGACAGUGGAAGAAGAUUUCAGAAGGACAAACCAACUCAGAUGGCAGAUGUCCUGGUCUCCUAACCAUGGAGCAGUUCAUCCCAGGAAUUUACAAGAUCUUGUUUGACACAGGCUCCUACUUCAAGGCAAACAACAUCAAAGGCUUCUAUCCGUUUGUAGAGAUUGUGUUUGAAAUAGAAGAUGUCAACCAGCACUACCACGUACCCCUGCUUCUUAGUCCCUUCUCCUACUCCACCUAUAGAGGGAGCUGACUAGCCCUUGAGUCGCAACCAAAGCAGAAGAAGUUCCUCGGGAAAUGGAAAAGGAAAGUUGAGAAAUCAAAGUCAGCGGAAGGUGGCAUUGGACCGGAGCAGCAUAGAGACCUAUUCAAUGAAAUAGCUGCUCUGCAGAGUAAUCUAUUUAGAGAAUCGGUUGUCACUAAAUAAAUCAGGCUUUUAUUUUUGCAUAUAUCACUAAUAUCACCAGUGGUGUUUGUAGAGCAUUGACACAGGCAUUUUCUUUCAUCAGGAUGGGGGAGUGGAUAGUUGAAGUAAUCGCUGCCAAUGAUGGGCUAUAUUAUUUGGUAACCAAUAUAAUGACAAGGUUCAAAUGUUGAACUUGUUUUUGCUUCUUGAUUCUCUUAAGAAAGGUUUAAUACUUGGGUGACUUGCAGGACUAGUAGCCCUGUGCAUCUAGGUUAGGACUUGUAUUUAUGUGAUACCAGAAUAACGAUUGUGUUACCAUUAUGAUAAUAGCAUCAAUAAGACAAUAUGGUUAGUUCAUUUAAGAGACUUAUGUACGUAAAUUCAGUUUUCCAAACUCUAAAAUCAUGUCAUAAUUUGCAUGUAGCAACAUUUAGAACUGAAGGUUUCAAUGAUCCACCAUUAUCCCAAUGAUUGUAAUGCAUCCCAACUCCAUUUCAUUUUAAAGAAUGAAGUUCUACUAAGUCAUACUUUGAAAACUGUGUCGGUUGAUUCUAAAAGAUUAGGAGCUCCGAUACUCAAAUGAGUGUCAUCAGUACCGGUAAGCUUUUCUUGCAGGGGGAGGGGGGGGGGGGGGGGGGUAAAUCAUUUUAAAAUGUGUCGAGUUGUUGAUAGUGCCAUCAGAUGAUGUGAAAUUUGUAAAUUGUAUAUACAGUAAUAAACGAUCAAGGUAUGGCAUAAUUCAUUAAAUUUACAUCCUUUCUA